AGGAUUGGAGGAAGGCAUCUCUACACCUCUUGGGGAUUAAUUCGUAGAGUUUCAAAUCUACGCUUUUGCUAUUUUGGAGGUUUGGUCCACAUAAUGUUGCGUAGGUCCCUAUAUGUAAUGAUGUGACAAUGAACCAAGUUUUGGUAGGUGUAGAAGCAAAAGAAGACUUGAUGAAGCGAAUCAGGAACAUGACACAACUUAACAAGGAUUGGAAUCACAAAGGUGAGAGAAGUAGACGAGGAGGACUUGUGUACUGCAAUCCAAAAUGUGAAUCUCCUUCAUUACUUGUCUGUGAUGAUGAUUGAUGAGGAUGAAUACCUACGAAUGGAUGCACUCUCCUCAGCUCCUCCUCGUUACCUAAACGUGCUCAUUUUAGUUGGAAAAUUGGAGAAAGUGCCUUGUUGGUUUCACUCACUUCAAAACCUUUCUACUUUGUUAAUGCGAUGGUCCAGACUAACAGAAGACCCUAUUCCAUACAUUCAAGCACUUCCAAAUUUGGGACGGUUGCACCUUUGUAAUGCAUAUGAAGGAGGAGGACAAUUACGCUUUAGUGAAGGGUUCCAUAAACUUAGAAUAUUGAGGUUAUGGAAUUUCCCUCAGUUAAAUGAGAUUAUUAUAGAGAGGGGGGUGAUGACAGGUCUCCAAGACUUUCAUAUUCGGACAUACAUGCAGUUGAAGAUACUACCUCAUGGCAUCGAGUAUCUCGAAGAUCUCCAAGAAUUGCGUUUAACGUUUGUUACGAAUAAGCUCAAAGAAUGCAUACGUGGAGAAAGGAGCAAGGAUCACCAAAAGGUUUGGCAUAUACCGCGCAUAUACCGUUAUUGGCAGUCACCAACUGAGGUGAAGUAUGAACUCUUAUCUCAUUCUACAGAUUGCUAAGAGUAUGCAUGAAGAAGUAAACAUACUGACCAGUUCACUUGGUUAGCAAAAAGAGAAGUGCCUCAGUCUUCUUGUAUGCUUGGCAUGGUCUGCAUUAAGGACAUGGCGAAUGCGUUUAGCUUUGUAAUUGCGUAUAUUUGUAAUCUGCAACUUUAAUUGGCUUGUGGAUAAAUAUGCAGACAGUUUAGACAGAACAUCUAGUGUUCAACAGCAUAUUUAAUUGGCUGUCUUUGUGUAUGCUUUAUCUACUUCAACCUUGAUAAGAGCUUAACUGUGUCAUCCACAUUACUU